AUGGCUUGCGUUUGUAGCAACACCAUGAAGAAGGUGGCCCAUGUCAUCAUCGAAGAGUACUAUACAUGCCUAGGCAAUGAUUUCCACACCAACAAGUGUGUAUGCAAGAAGAUCGCCAUAAUCCCCAGCAUGAAACCCUGCAACAAGAUAGCGGGCUAUGUCACACAUCUGAUUAAGCAGAUUCAGAGAGACCCUGAGAGAGUUAUUUCUAUUAUGCUGCAAGAAGAGGAGAGAGAAAGGAGAGAUCAUUAUGUUCCUGAAGUCUUAGACCUAGAUCAGGAGAUCACUGAAGUUGAUCCUGACGCUAAGGAAAUGCUGACGCUCUUGGACUCUGGUAGUCUGUCCCAUCUUCAAAUCAAGGUUGGGAUGAAUUUCAAAACAUUACACAGAGCCAUUUGA